AUGACUAACAACACGCAGGUGAAACUGAUCUACAGCCUGAAUGAAAACUGCUUCUGCCGCCACAUUUCCCCAAAAAUUAGGAGAGUGAGUGGCGUCGGUAGAGUUUUGCUGAAUGUGUGUGUGAAACCUUUUCUACAGGAGACGUUAGAAAAGCAUCAGGAGUCGUUACAGAAACAAAGAGACGCGGUGAAGUACAGACUGAAGAAACUUUCAGCGCGGCAGUCAGAGAUCACAAGAAAGUCCUCAGCGAUCCGGGAGAGCAUCGUGCAGAAAUACCAGGAGAUCCAGGCAGUCCUGGAGCAGGACCUGAGGCUCACCUUGACACACCUGGAGAUGGAGGAGCGGGCGGUGGUCUCAGCUCUGGAUGCGCUGAUGGAGAAAAACUGUUCUCUGAUCCAGGAGAUCGAGCAGGACCUCGCCAGACUCUCUGUGGUCCUCGACCAGACCGACACUGAUCCGGAGACUUUGUCUUUCUUCUCGUUCCCUGAGCAUCACGACGUGGACACAGCAGAACGGGUGCUGGAUCUGUUGAACAGGACCGACCCGUGCAGCGUGAGUCUGGAUGACGUCAAAGCCGAGCAAAUCCUGAACCUGACCGACAACCUGCUGCUGCUUGUCCGCUCACAGACGCCGAUCAUCAAGAAGCUCAUCAGGAGCUAUUCCAGUGAGGUGAGUCUGGAUCCAGAGACGGCCCACCCAAAGCUCAUCAUCUCCCCGCAAGGAGACAGCGCCACCUACAGUGACACCUGGCAGCAGCUUCCUGACCCGCCUGUUCGCUUCGACACCACCCUCAACGUCCUCAGCGUGCAGGGCUUCAGCUUCGGACGCCAUUACUGGGAGAUCGAUGUGACCGGGAAGACCUACUGGGAGCUGGGGGUCACCUACCCCACCAUCCCCCGUAAAGGCCCCUCCGAGGACUGCUGGCUGGGGCGCCGGGGCGAGUCCUGGUGUGUGGAGUUCUUCGAUGGGGAGUACACGGCCUGGCACGGGGGGGUGCCCCAUCAGCUGCCUUUCACAAACCGCGUCUGCAGAGUCGGCGUUUUGUGCAGCUUCCCUGCAGGACUGGUGACAUUUGUCGAGGCAGAAAACAUGACGCAGCUGUUCUCCUUCUGUGCCGGAACCUUCUCAGACGGCCUCCACCUGGCCCUGUGUCCUGGCCACGACCACAACGGCACCAAUGCCAAUCCCAUUGUUAUCUGUAACGCUGCUUCACCUACCAGUGACCUCGGGUUAGAGUCUCUACAGAAAAGCUUUUAGUGUAUCCAAGAGGCUUCUUUCUAAUAACACUCUACCAUGAUCUUGAGUAUCCUCGAGUCUGAUUGGCUGCUGGGUUUGCGUUACUUCCUAAUAAUGGACUGUUUCUAAGUGAACUGUUAUUUCUUCAUUAAUGCUCUGCUACGGAGCUCCUUAAGCACGGCAUACAUUACGAUUGUAGAAAAGUCGUGGUGGAAUGUCAGCUCACACUGUUCGACUGAAUCGUUUACGACGCACCACCAAAGGUCAAGAUUGUGCUCACACUGUACGACCUGACCUGACUGCACAAACUCACACUGUCCAGGGUUAAUCGGGACGGAGCAUUCACAAAGUCAAUAAAGUUUCAUUUGAAAACUCCCACUGACAAAAGUUGGUGUCAGAUCUCUGUGUUGAAGUUGUCACCCUAAAACCCACCUGUUGGGGCGCCGGUAGCCUAGUGGUUGGUGCGUAUGCCCCAUGUAUACAGCCUAGGCCUCUAAGCGGGCCGUCUGGGUUCAAAUGCUCUCACACUUAGCAUCACCAACAAAAACAAGCUAACAAGCAGCAAAAUCAUAAACAAAUAAGAAGACAUAUUAAACAGGUACGCAUGCUGAUGACAUGUCAGGGAAUCAUCCAGCGGCUCUGCUCUCACUGCGAGUGUGUGCAGUUGUACGACCAAAAUAUCAAACAUGCAAGAAAAUAAUCCGACCUGUCAGGAUCAGCUGACCGGGCUGUGAUAGGCCGCCAUGCCUCAGUGUUCACUGUGCGACUAAUGACGAGAAAUCGGGCUGAAAUUCUGUCAUGAUUUUAAAUACGACUCAAAAGAUGGGUCUUAUAUCGGGCU